GUGCAAAAUACGUAGUAAUGAAAUGAAAAUGUUGAAGACAGUAAAAUUCAUACGAUGCCAACGCGCGGGUUUUGCAACUGCAAGUUUGGCCACUAACAAGCGCUUGCCAGUGAUUACGGGAAAAAGGACUCAAUUCAAUCUGUUCGUUGAUCAGCUAGGUGCACUCAGUGGACAAGGUAAGAAAUUUGGAGAGGUGGAUCUGGCUUCGGCUGGUUGGCGACACAGGAGAUCUGUUGGCGAUUUUUUUACAUUGCACCCUAUCAAGCCACCCUUUGAAGCACACGCUUUGAGUAAUGUUUCGUUUGCCCAACUGGGAAUCCGGCAGCAGCUGAUAGCGAAUCUAAAGGAAAAGGGCGUUCUAUAUCCAACCGCCUACCAGGCUGAAGGAAUCCCAGCUGUACUGACUGGGAGCCACGUUUUGUUGGCGGCUGAAACGGGCUGUGGAAAAACGUACACUUAUUUGGCUCCAAUAAUGGAACAAAUCCUGCAACGAGAACUCCACGAACGACCGAGGGAAUUUAACUCACCGUUAGUUUUGAUUAUGACUCCAGGUAGAGAACUAGCACAGCAAAUUGGACGAGUGAUAGAAAGUCUGGUCGAAGGAACCGGAAUUAAGUCCAGAGUUUUGCUAGGUGGUCGAACCAAGCAACAGAUGAUGAAUCCACAUUUCGAAGAAAUUGAUGUGCUUGUUUCGAGUUUCGGAGCAUUGAGUAAGCUUAUAACGUGCGGUAUCUAUAAAACAGAUCAGGUACGAUGGGUGGUAUUAGAUGAGGCGGAUACACUUCUUGAUGAUAGUUUCAAUUCUAAACUGUUGUAUUUGAUGAAACGAUUUCCGUUUCACAAAAAUCACUUGUAUGAACUAGGAGAUAACAUUCAAGGAACACAGUUGGUACUAGCGGCAGCAACGAUGCCUUCCAAUAUGACAGAACUGUUAGAACAGAUCUUGAACGUUGAAACCAUGGAGGAAGUUGUUAGUCCAAAUCUACAUCGGCUUAUGUCGCAUGUAACGCAACGAUUUAUGAGAGUGAAGAAAACAGACCGGGAAAACAUGCUGCUUGAUCUGGUGCGCAAAGAUACAAAUCGUCGACGCCCAACGAUAAUUUUCAGCAAUAAAACACCAACGUGUGAUUUUGUUUCCAUGUACCUCAAUGAAGCCAAUAUUCCCUGCGUGAAUCUAAACGGAGACAUUUUGCUAAAGCUUCGCCUGGGUCAGUUUGAGAAGUUCCAGCAAGGUGAAAUAAAUGUACUUUCAACUACGGACGUUGCCAGUCGAGGAUUAGAUACGACCCGCGCUGCUCAUGUAAUUAACUACGAUUUCCCACUGUACGCAGCCGACUACAUCCAUAGGAUAGGCCGAAUCGGACGGGUCGGAAGUCGAGGGGAUUGUUUGGUUACUAAUAUGGUUUCGAGUCAGGCAGAGAUCGGUGCUGUCCAGAGGAUUGAACAUUCAGCACGAAUCGACAGCCCGCUGGAAAAAGUGGACGCGAACGUUAAGGGUAUUAUCAGAAAACGAAUCGAACGAAGCUCGGGAAUGGCCCAAUAAGCUAUUGAAGUGGUUGAAUAAAACUAUGUACCU